AUGUUUGAAUUUAAGGCUUCUUUCCUUCAGUCAUGUUUCUUUCUGAGUCUUUGUCUGACCUUGUGUAUCAUACACAACACUUUCACUAUUCCUUUUCUUUUUUUCGCGUCUCUUUCACUAUUCAUUUUCCUUUUUUCCCUCUCUUUCACUAUUCCUUUUCGUUUUUUCCCUCUCUUUCACUAUUCCUUUUCCUUUUUUACCUCUCUUUCACUAUUCCUUUUCCUUUUUUCCCUCUCUUUCACUAUUCCUUUUCGUUUUUUCCCUCCCUUUCACUGUUUCUUUUCGUUUUUUUCCCUGUCUUUCACUAUUUCUUUUUCUUUUCUUUCCCUCUCUUUCACUAAUCCUUUUCCUUUUUACCCUCUCUUUCACUAUUCCUUUUCCUUUUUUCCCUCUCUUUCACUAUUCCUUUUCCUUUUUUCCCUCUCUUUCACUAUUCCUUUUCCAUUUUUUCCCUCUCUUUCACUAUACCUUUUCGUUUGUUUCCCUCUCUUUCACUAUUCCUUUUCCUUUUUUCCCUCUCUUUCUGUUGAAGCUUGA